UUGUAGAAACUACUGAAGGGAACACCACAACGAUUGAAGGCAAAAUUAUAGAAGAUGUCAAAAGCCCAACCCCUCCAAAUCCUUUGGGUAACUGUCCUAUUUGUCGCUGGGACUUGAAACACAAGUACGAUUAUAUGGAUGUCUUACUGCUAAGUCAGUUCAUAAACUCUACAGGAAGGAUGAUACCUCGUAACAUCACAGGCCUUUGUAAAGAAGAGCACAAAAAGAUUACAGUGUGCGUGCAAAUGGCUCACCGAGCAGGUUUGCUGCCAGAUCAUAAACCUAAAUUUCCUGAAGGUGUUAUUCCCAAACCUAAGCAAAUCCUCAACAGGUACCAUACCAGAUAUCCUAUUAACGCUGUGAGACCCAUUUACAAGAAGGGGAGAAAAUGGUGCAAAGUUCCCAUGCCUAUAUCACAUCCAAUACUUAAAGACAAUAUUACUUAUGGAUCAAAGCCCCUUCGUUUUAACCAUUGAAGGAGAGUGCAGCUUGAGUUGACAGUAGAUGACGAUCAUUCAGACCAUCCUGUGUGCAUCAUAAAUGUUUUGUAGAGUCUGGAAGAAACAAAAUGGUUGCAGAUGGUAAUGUUAUUUGCUGGAGCCUGGGAAGGCUAGUUGAACAACCAAUUUGUUACCUCUAUGGAGGCAUAUCUCAUUUUUGUGUAUAUUCCGAUUAAACUCUUGAGAUGAA